GAAGCUCAUUGCUGCGUCGUCUUCGGCUUCGCUCCAAUCUCUGCAUAUUCCUUCGAACUAUUCUUUCCAUGUAUGCGUGUGUGGGCUGCGUCCUUGUACUUCUCUCUAUAUAACGGAGGCCUGCUUCAUACACACAUACAUUCAUACAUUUCAAGGAAUUGCAGUUCAAGUUUUCUUCCUUGCUGUUUCGCCAUCUCUGAAUCCCAAUCUCCAGUUCCAACCGGUCAUGGCGAGUGGGCUCACGGGCGCUAAUUCCAACGGGGUUUCAGGCUCCCGCGCCAAUCCUGAGAAGCUCAUUAUCGAUACUGACCCUGGGAUCGAUGAUAGCAUGACCAUCUUGAUGGCAUUUCAAACGCUUGAGGUGGAGGUCCUGGGCUUGACAACCACAUUUGGUAAUGUUUCUACAGAAGAUGCCACUCGCAAUUCAUUGCUUUUGUGUGAGAUUGCAGGCUGUCAAAAUGUUCCUGUGGCAGAGGGCAACCCUGAGCCCUUGAAGGGUGGAAUUCCACGAGUUGCUGACUUUGUUCAUGGUUCUGAUGGACUUGGAAACAUAUCCCUGCCCCCGCCGAAAGCUAAAAAGUUAGAUAAAACUGCUUCGGAGUUUUUGGUGGAGAAGGUUUCUGAAUACCCUGGUGAAGUAUCUGUGUUAGCACUUGGACCGCUGACAAAUUUAGCUUUGGCCAUAAGAAGAGAUUCUUCUUUUGCUAGAAAGGUGAAGAGAGUGGUUAUACUUGGUGGCGCUUUCUUUGCCUUGGGGAAUGUAAAUCCAGCUGCAGAAGCAAAUAUCUAUGGGGACCCAGAAGCAGCAGACAUUGUGUUCACUUCUGGAGCAAAUAUAGUUGUUGUUGGAAUAAAUAUUACAACCCAAGUGAUAUUUACAGAUGCUGACAUCUUUCAAUUGAGGAAUUCCAGAGGGAAGCACGGACAACUCAUAUGUAAGAUGUGCAAGUUUUACCGGGAUUGGCACGUUAAAUCUGAUGGUGUCUAUGGAAUUUUCCUUCACGACCCCGUCAGUUUCGUGGCUCUUGUUCGUCCAGAUCUUUUUACAUACAAGAGAGGGGUAGUGAGGGUAGAGACACAGGGCCUCUGUGUCGGGCAUACGCUGAUGGACCAAGGGUUAAAGAAAUGGAAUUCGAACAAUCCAUGGACGGGUUUUUCCCCUGUUUCAGUUGCUUGGACGGUGGAUGUCGAUGGGGUGAUUAAGUACGUCAAGGAGACAUUAAUGAAACCCUGAAGUUUAGACAUCUUUUCUUUGACAGAUAUCAAUAACAGGGGCAUUGAUAGUUGAGCACCCCUCUUACCUGAAAAUGUUAUCAAUCUGUAUAUUAUCUUCAUUGCACUCAAUGUCAACCAGAACAUAGAUAGAUAAUUGAGGGUUCUUUGUCGAUCUCAUUCUCCAAUCCUGUCAGAUCAUGCCCCAGUCUAUCUGUACUGAUGAAAUGUUGCCUCGUUAUGCUGCUUUACUUUUACUCAAGUGAGCAGCCAUUCUUUUCCUUAAAUGUUGCCUCUCUACAAUUUGAA